CUCUACAGUUAGUAGCAAUAGAAUUUCCGAAAAUGAAACAACCCAAACAGUUCAGGUUUUGGUUGAAACUUCGUUUUGGGUUCCAGUUUUGGUUUAGCCUUUGGGUUAUUGUUUAGGCAUUGAUUUUGACUUUUGUCUGGCUCAUGCUAAAACCCAAUGUAACAAAUGUUUAAAUGAUUGUUGUAGUAUGGCAAUGUGUGGCAACACCUAUCAGGCAAAGACAGUCAAAGGUACUUCCCAUCAUGCUGAGCUGAUAUCCAGUGGCCCUGCAGAGUUACUUUGAGUAGUGCUCAACAGCCAUACUGUUUCAAUGCACCUUGCAUUCUCGUGUAUUCUGCGACCUCAGAGAAUUUUAUGAAAAUACUUGGACAGGAUCCACAGUCAAUAAUACUAUUAGAAUGAGAAAAACGCGGGUAAACCUAGCACAGGAGAGAUUGAACAAAAUAAGGUCUCACAAUAAUAUGCUUGUCAGCUCUACUCCAACAAACAGAAUUAGACUAAGACGUAUGCUACCUACCACAACAUUGCUGUCUAGACCACAAAACCUCAAGGUUGAAGUGGUAAAUAACACUAGCCUGCUGCGUGGACCACAAUUUAAAUAUAGGAGGCAUAAACAGAUUCUGAACCAUGACAUUCAACAACAAAUCAUGGAACUGCAACAGAACUCACUAGCAGAGACAUACUGGAUAGAAGAAGUAACACCAGUGUCGACAAAUAUUAAGAUGCAUGACAGAUUUGCACAGCUAACUUAGAGAAUGUAUAGGUUUGUCUUUUAUUUUUGCUAUUGUACGGAAGAAAACAUUUCAAAUUAGUUUUAAUUGCGUUGUAUACUUUUUUAAUUUACACACCUUCGAGUCUUUUAUGAUCUUCUGUUCAUAGUUUAUCCUCGAACAUUCUACUACUUGUAUAAAAAUGAUUAGUUAAGUUACCCUUAAGUUAUGUAUGUUUUUCACAAUGCAUGUAAAUGGCGCGCUUUAUGUAAAACACGUUCAAAAUGUUUUAUUUUUAUGAUAAUAAAAUAGUUACGUAUUUCGUUAAACAUUUUAUGCAGCUUGUAUGUCUGUUGAAUCUUUGUAUAUAAUUUGUCAUACAUCCUAUGCACCAUAAAAUUUUAAUCAUAUGGAUAUGGUUGACUGCAGUCGUAUCGUCUGGACGAUGCUCCAAAGUUCUGCUGUUCUUCUUUCUUAGCCUUCGCCCAUCAUACUAAACUAAUAUCCAGCUCAUUAUUAUUAUUUUCUGACAUAUAAAUCAUGGCAUCCUUGGAAAAAAAUUAAUAGAUAACACUGCGUGUGAUGAUAUUUCCAUGAUACUCCAAUCUUUUAUGCAGUUGUGGGACAUCACUGGAAAUUUGCGAUAGCAACUCGAUGUUUACGUUGACCGGUAGCAGACGCGCGGU